AUGGCUUUCCCACCUCACCCCUUUGACCCUCUUUCUCCGGACGAGAUUGCCGAGACUGCCAACGUUGUGCGCAACCACAAUGGAGCCCCAAAUGUACUCUUCCGCGUCAUCACGCUUUUGGAACCUCCAAAGGAGGAGAUGAUCGCAUACCUCAGCUCUCCCUCCCCCAAAGCAGUACCCAAACGUAUUGCCAAAGUGCACAUCUACAUCGAGAAGGUAUUCCACGAGCUUCAUAUUGAUAUUCCCGCAAGGACCAUCGUAUCAGACAGGCUCUUGCAUGGGCGCCACUCCCACAUUGAUUCCGCGUACAUGAAGCAAGUUGAGGAGGCAUGCCUGCAAGAUGCGCAAGUACAAGAUGAGAUCAAAGCUUUGAAUUUACCGGAUGGAGCCACCGUGAUUGCGGAGCCGUGGACCUAUGCAACAGACGGGAUGAGUGAUAUGACAGCGCGGAUUACCAUGUGUUGGUUUUAUAUGCGUGUUUCCGACCAUCCAGAUGCCAACUACUAUGCAUAUCCCUUAGAAAUCGUUGCAGAGGUCAACGAGGAAUUGGAAGUUACCAAAAUCUAUCGUCUGCCCACUGGAGAAGAGGUUGACGAACCCAUGGGCAACCAAAAGAAGGUGCAUGACCAUCGCAAAAUUCAUACGUCGAGCGAAUAUCACCCGGACCUCGUAAGUACCCGGCGUACCACGACGCGCCCACUUCACAUAAUCCAACCUGAGGGACCUUCAUUCCAGAUCUCGGGGAAUCACAUCAGCUGGGAGAAGUGGACCAUGAGACUCGGUUUCAAUUAUCGCGAGGGCAUGACCCUGCACGACAUCCGGUACGAUAACCGCAGCCUCUUUUACCGACUCUCGCUCUCUGAAAUGUUCGUUCCAUACGGCGAUCCGCGCUUCCCGUAUCCCAGAAAGGGGGCUUUUGACCUCGGGAAUGAUGGCGCCGGAGUGAACGCCAAUAACUUGGAACUUGGAUGCGAUUGUCUGGGCCACAUUAAGUAUUUCGACGCCUGGCAUGUUACGAGCUCCGGCGAGCCGUUGAAGAUGCCAAAUGUCGUGUGCUGUCAUGAGCAAGAUGACGGUAUACUGUGGAAGCAUACGAAUUUCCGGACGGGCAAUGCGGUGGUGACGCGAUCGCGUUUGCUUGUGCUGCAAACCAUCAUCACGGUUUCGAAUUAUGAGUAUGUCUUCAUAUUCUACUUUGGACAGGACGCCUCCAUACAUUAUGAGGUUCGGGCCACGGGAAUCCUGUCUACGGCCCCGAUCGACAUCGGUGGCAAAGUGCCGUAUGGAACUGUGGUAGCCCCUGGGAUUCUUGCGCCGUAUCAUCAGCAUUUGUUCUGUCUGCGUAUCGACCCUGCAUUGGACGGUUACAGGAACUCGCUAGUCGUAGAGGAGUCAAAAGCAAUGCCUUUCCCAGAAAGGACGAAUCCGUUUGGCGUUGGUUACGUUACCGAGAGUACUGUGGUUGAGAAAGAAGCUGGUCUGGAUCUGGAUCACACUAAGAAUCGUGCGUUCAAAAUUGUGAACGAGACGGUAGUAAAUCAGAUGGCGGGAACUCCGGUGGGAUUCAGAUUAAUGCCGUGGUAUAGCCAGCCGUUACUAGCCCAUCCUUCGUCCUAUCACUCCAGGCGUUCUGAGUUUGGCAAGCACGCUGUCUGGGUAACCCGCUAUUCGGAUGAGGAAUUGUAUGCCGCUGGCAUCCAUACUAUGCAGUCUAGUGGUGACGAGGGUAUUGCCUCUUGGAUCAAGGCGCGGCGUGACAGUCUGCAGAAGGCCAGUGUGAGGAAUCAAGAUAUCGUCGUUUGGCACACGUUCGGCUCGACACACAAUCCACGCAUCGAAGACUGGCCGGUCAUGCCGUGUGAGAAGAUGGUCGUAGGGCUGAAGCCUGUCAACUUCUUCGAUGCAAAUCCAGCUUUGGAUGUUCCCAUCUCAAGCCAGGAGAAGAAUAAGAGCGUGCUGUAG